AUGAUUGAAAUUAGGGAGAUUCAACGUUUACGUCUAGAGAUUCAUGGGUUGCAGCGCCAAUCAGGUCCCCAUGAGCCGCAGGAACAGCGCCCUGAAAAGUUCCCCUCGACGCCUGAAUCGCGUGUGCUCUCCUCAACUUUGACACCGGAAGUGUCUCUUCAGAACCCACAACCAAAUGGUGUACCGAUUGACCCUCCACAGACGUGGAAUGGCAUCGAAAUCCCUGAUAUCCGUACUGGGAAUUUGAUUCAUUAUGGUCCACUAUCAUCGUCAUAUUUUGGCGCUCGCCUAGGCUUAUAUCUAACAGAAAAGACGGCACAACUUAACUCUGAGAUUUUAUUCCCUGGGGAUAUCUUUAGCCUAAAUUGCGCCCCAAAUUUAUUGACUCCUGAAGCUCAGCUCAACCAACCACAAUCAUCGGCUAUAAGCCUCGGUGGAGAUAUUGAGCAGUUGACCCGUGCCCAAGAAGAGCAAUUUCUCGAUCUUCACUGGCAGUCAUUUCACUGCAUAUACCCCAUUAUCGAUGAGGCUGAGUUCCGGGAUUAUUUUGACUCCCUUUGGAAUGACUUCAGUUUUCCUGCCGCGCGAAGCAGGUCACCACUUGUUGACAGCAUUAUGGCUAUUUGCAUGCAAUAUGGAAGCACAUUUCUGAUCAGCGAUGAUGGUACUUUGAGUGCUGAUGGUGUGGAUCAUGCAAAGGUAGCUUCGCAAAACAGCUAUGCCUUUUACCGCCGUUCGCAACGUCUCCUGCUUGAUGAGAUCGAAAACCCUUCGAUGAUGACGCUACAAAGUUGCAUUUAUUGCGUCGUAUAUCUCUACAAUGUAUCGUCCCUAAAUGCUGCAUAUACAAUGCUGGGAAAUGCCUUGAGAGUCGCUCAAACAAUUGGAUUACAGUUUCCUGCAAGCACUACAUCGGUAGCUGACCCACAGUUGAGAGAUCGCGUCUGGUCAGUGAUAGCCAUGUUGAACGGUCAAUUAUCAAUGGCACUCGGCCGAACAACUACUACUAUCCAUUCGAAGCAAAGAAAUUCAGAAUCCCCUGGCCAUAGCCAGGAAGAUACAUCCCUCUUAGGGUCAAUGCUGAUGAGUCCGAACCAUGAAGAUAUCACGUGGUUGAGCUUCCAUGCAAGCUGCGCACAUCUGGUAGAUUUGGUACAGCAUAUUCAGUUUAAUUUCUCGAAGCGAGUCAUUCAGAUACAGGCGAAACAUGCGGUCAAGUCGUUUUACGAUAGCCCAGCCGCUCUUGAAGAGCUCGCGAACCUUCUUGGGCGGGAAGUGCGAUCUGUUUACGAAUGGACAGAAGAUGUCCCCGAGUCGUUGAAGUUACCUCGAAAAGGGUCCGGCGAGUCCUUUUCAACCGAGCGGACCGCGCUGAAGUUUGACACGUUCAGUCCAAUCUGGCUGCAACGCCAGCGACUCCUGCUUGAAAUUCUAUACCAUCAUCUUCAAAUUUCAAACUUCCGCUCAUUUUUGCGCCUCCCGCCUGGUUCAUCAUUCAUAACUCCGCUUUCCGAUUGCCAUAGCAUCAAUUGCCUCAACCAUGCCAUCUCUCUGACGAAUAUUAUCCAUCAGGUCCUCACUGAUACCGAUCUACUACGAGGAUGGUCUCCAGCCAUCCAAUAUCAAUGGGAUUCUGCCCUUUGUAUACUAGGAUUCAUCCUGACCAAUCCUGUCUGUCCUCCGUCCCCGACAGCCCGGAAAUGCCUACAGACUGCGAUUAGUUCAUUCGAGCUGAUGGGAAAAUACUUCGUGAGCUCAAGGGAGGCCGCGCAAUUACUGCGACGAUUUGCUAGUCAAGCUGAAAUACUUGUUCAGCAGUUCCAUAAGAGCUUGUCGAGCCGAAAAUUGGAUUCCCGAGAUAGUUCUGGGCAGCUUGUGACGCCAGCUGCUCGGUCUUCUACUACUGCUGCUGUGCAGAUCCUUGCAGCUCCAGCACUGACACCGGAAUACAUACAGACAUGUCCAGGUACAGAGUUUGAUCUAUCGAGUCUCGUCGGCGGUAGUGAGACCAGUGGAGGUGCUCCCUUUUCACUUGAUGGAUUCAGAACUGUCUACACUGGAAUAAACAACACCCCAUCUGCUCGUAAAGAAAGUUCCGGAGAUCUGAUGACCGAAAUUGAUUACUCAUGGAUUUCGGGUGAUGGUAUGAUAGACUGA